GCUGACUCCACCCGGAAGCUCCAAGAAAGCUGAUCACAACAACAAAUCUUCAUAAACCAAAAUUGAAUUUUACACUUAUUCGGGUUGUUAAUCAUGGAGUCGACCCUGGAGCAGCAUCUUGAUGAUACCAUGAAGAAUCCAGCAGUGGUCGGAGUGCUUUGUACGGAUCAACAAGGACACAACCUGGGCUGUCGCGGUUCCCUGUCUGAUGAACAUGGUGGUGUUGUUUCUGUUUUGGCCAAACAAGCUGCAGCUCUCACCAGAGACCCAACAGACUCUCCGACUGUGUGCCUGGAGUCUGACUCCGGAAACAUCCUGGUGAGGAGCCAUGGCACCAUCACAGUAGCUGUUCACAAGAUAGCAUCUUGAAGAUUCACUUGGGAGUGUUAUUGUUUAAAAAAAAUUAAAAUUAAAAAGUUACAUGUAAACACAACUAUGUACAAUCACAUGAACUUAAUGUACUUUGGCAAAGAUCUUCAGGUCAAAGGGAAAGAUGAGUUUCUAGUUUGGUAUAUUCAGCUUCUGUAUUAAUACCAGACAAUGCUUGCUAAUUUUCUGAUACAUGGAGUGUGAUUUCUUGCUUUUUUAGAAUUAAUAUACAUCAGUUUGUCAGUAAAGCCUUUUUUUAUGUCAUGUACAAAAUAGGUCUUGUAUCAUGUUAUUUCCAUAAUGUUGAUGCUGUGUUUGUAUGUGUGUGUGUGUGUGUGUGAGACAUUAACGUUAACAUCCACAUCCUUCAAUCCAAGGCAGUCAUGCAAAGAAUAACAACCCUUAAUAAACUUUAACUUGACUUUG